AUGAAUAAAGAAAAAUGUGUAGAGAGUUUAAAAAAGGAUAAAGCAUGUAAUCUAUAUAUUGAAGAAAAUAUUGUCAUAUUAAAUAAAGAUAAGAAUAUUAUUAAAACGGUCGAUAAUAAUUUUGAUCAUAAUAAACAUGAGUGUUACAAGAAAGAUUAUAAAAAGCAUAAAAUAAAAAAUGUGGAUGAUAUAAAUGAAAGGAUAAUAAAUAAAGAAAGAAAAGAUAUGAUACCAUUAGAUACAUUUGAUGAAAAAAAAAAUAAUAAUAUGGAUAUAAAAAAAAGUAAUGAGAAUAAUGAUAAUAAUAUGAAGGCUUUUAAUGAUAAUAUAAAAAAUGAUAUGAUCGAAAUGAAUAUUGAAAAGGAAAAGAGAAAUGUUAUGUAUGAGAAAGGAAAUAAUUAUUUAAAUAAUAAAAUAGAAAGUAAUAAUAAUAUAAAAGAAAGAAAUCAUGAUAAUAUAAUAAAUGAAAAGAAUUAUAUGAAUAAUAAAAAAAAAGGUAAUAAAAGAACUGGUAUCCCUUUAAAUGAAAGAAAAUAUUAUCGUAUCCUUGCAAAACAAAUGAUAAAAAUUCAAGGAUUAACAUUUGAUCAUAAUCAAAUAAGAUGGAUAGCAUAUUGGAAGAAUGAAAAUAAUAAACAAAUACAAAAACAUUUCCCUGUGUGCAAAUUUGGAUUCUAUAAAGCUAGACAGCUAGCUCUAGAAUUUCGUGAUUUAAAAAUUAAUGACAAAAAUAAAAAUAUAAACAAUAAUAUGAAGAAUAAUAUGGAAAAUAAUACAAAAAAUAAUAUUAACAAUAAUACAAACAAUAAUAUUAACAAUAAUACAAACAAUAAUAUUAACAAUUAUAUAUACAACCAGAUUGAUAAUUGUUAUAUUAAAAAAAAAGAUAAAAAUAAAAAAUGUGUUAUAAACAUAAAGAAUCAAUAUAAUCAAAAUGGAAUUCAACAUAUUAAUAAUUACCCUCAAGACAUAAAUAUAAAUCAUAUGAACUUUAAUAUGGAUAAUAAUAUAUUUAAUGAUCUUCAUAAUAAUUCUUUAUCUCAAGUAAUUUUAUGUAACAACAAAGAAGAUAUAUAUUAUAAUGAGGAAAAACAAAAAGAGAUAUCCUCAACAAAUAUAUUAUCAAGAAAUAUAAUACAGAAUGAAGAAAAUAAUAUAUAUAUAUCUGAACAUAAUAAUAAUAAUAAUAAUAAUACUUGUUAUUAUAAUAAUAACUAUUAUGUAUAUUCAUAUAAUUUACACAACAAUAUAUAUAACCACUUUGAAGAGAAAAAAAAAUCAAAUAAUAUCAUAUAUAAUGUUGAAGGGUCUGAUAAGAAUUAUAUAAAAUAUGAUAAAAAAAAUAUGGAAAAUAUUUAUUUACAAAAUUGUGCCAUUGACAAAAGUAAUAUCAAUAAAUCAUUUGAUAAUAUAAAAUAUAUGUAUGAAAAGGGUAUAUAUGACAAUACAGAUAUUGAACAUAUUCAACAUAUUAAUAAUAAUAAUAAUAAUAAUAAUUAUGAUUAUUAUAAUAAUAAUAAUUUUGAUGAUAAUAUUAAUAAUAAUUAUUAUUAUUAUGAUUAUCUUAUUCCUUAUACUUUAAACCCUAAUGAGAAGAAUAUUAAUAAUUAUAAUUUAUCUUGCUCAUAUAAUACUAUGCAAAAUUAUACCCCCCUUCAAAAUGUAGAUGAUGCAAUGAUGCAUGCACAUAUACCAACAUAUGAAAAAGGUGGAAUACCAAUAAAUUAUGAAAUGAUUACAAAUAAUUAUCAUAAUAAUUAUCAUAAUAAUUAUCAUCAUAAUAAUAAUAUUUAUAAUUAUUAUCAUCCCUCUAAUGAUAUGUCCUGCAGAUAUAUGACACAAGAAGAUUUAUUAAAAAAUAUUAAAAGCAAUAAUAUUAUGAAUAGAAAUAACGAUAAUGAAAAUAUAAAAAUUAAUUUGUAUAGCCACAACAAAAAUGAAAAAGACUCAUUAUCUUAUAUGUUGACAAGAACGUCAACUUCUUCACAUUUGUCAGAGAAUUUAAAUAUAUUUAUAAAAAAUAAUAAAAAUAUGUCUUUUGAAAAUGAUACUACAAAAAGUAAUAUAUAUAUGAACGAUGAAAAUUUCCUUUUAGUAUCAAACGAUAAUUCUCAUAUAUCAAAAAAAUUAUGUAUUCAUAAUGAUGUAAAAAGUAAUAAAAAAAAAAAAAAUAAAAAUAAAUUAUCUCAUCAUGAAAUAAAGAAAAUUAACAUACAAAAUGACGAAAUGUCAAAUGGUUCUAUUAUGAAAUGUGAAAAUAUAAAAUAUAAUAAAUUAAAGAGUGAGAAAAUAACUCAUAUAAAUUAUGCACAAAAAAAUGAGAAUGAUAUAAUGAAAGUGGAUAGUAUCAACAAUAUAUAUUCAUAUCAAAAAUCUAUGCAAAAUGAGUUAUAUAAAACUAAUUUUGAUAAUAAAGAAAAAAUGCAAUAUAAUGACAAGGAAAAAAAAACAAAUAUAACAGAUAUAAUGGAAGGAGGAAAAUAUAAACAACAUAUUUAUAAUAAUGAAAAUAUUUAUAAUAAUUAUGAUGAGAAGGUUAAUAUGAUGAAUAAUAUGUCUGAUCAAAAUAAAUUUUCCACAGAAAAUGUUUCAAAUAUAGGUGGUGACAUUACAUUAAUAAAUAAAAAUGACGAUUCUUAUAAUAAUGAUAUUAAUCAUAUUCAUAAUAUAUGUGAUAUGGAUAAUCUUUAUAAUAAUUCUAUUCCUUAUAAAAAUAUAAAGAAAAAGGAAAAAUACAAAAAUAAUAAAAAUAAUAAAAAUAAUAAUAAUAAUAAAAAAUAUAUAAAGAAAAAAUGUAUCAAUAAAAGUAUCAAAAUGAAGAAUAUUUCUUAUAAUCUUGAUGAUGUAAAAGAAAAUGAUAAAGACCAAGAAAAAAAUGAUAAAGACCAAGAAAAUAUAACAAAUUUCUAUAAUGAGAUCAUGAGAAUGCCAAAAAUGAAAGGUGUUCAUUUUGAUACUAGACAAAAAAGAUGGUGUGCUUAUGGUUAUAAAAAAAAAGAAUGUUUUUCUGUUUAUCGUUAUGGUUUUUUAGUAGCACGUGAAUUAGCUAUAAGAAGUAGAUUAAAAGUACAAAAAAGAAAAAAUAAUUUAAAAUUAAGAAAAAUUAAUAUUCCACAAAAUGAAAAAAAAAAAAAAAAGCAAAAAAAUUUACAUUUUAAAAAUAUUUCACAAAUAAAAAAUAAUUAUUGUAAUAAAAUAUGUGACGAAAAUGAUAAUAAUAAUAAUAAUAAUAAUAAUAAUAAAAUAAAUGAUAUUGGAAAUUAUUAUAGACCUGAUGAAAAUAUAUAUUCUUAUGACAAUAAAUUGAUCAACGAUAAGAUCUAUCUUAAUAAUAUUCAUGAUGAAAAUUUAAAUUACAUAAAAGAUAAUUACAAAGAUAUUUAUAAUAAUAGUAAUAUUUAUAAUAAUAGUAAUAUUUAUAAUAAUAGUAAUAUUUAUAAUAAUAGUAAUAUUUAUAAUAAUAUGAAGAUCAUUCAAAAUGUAACAGAUAAAAUCAAUAUCAAUCAUACAACUCAUAUUCCAAUGAAUAUACAACAACAUGUUAAUUAUAAGGAUGAUGAACAGAUAAAUUAUUAUAAAUGCAAUAAUAAUAUAAAUAAUAUAUAUAAUAUAAAUAAUAUAUAUAAUGUGAAUAAUAAAAAUGAACAAUAUUGUAAUAUCCAUCAAUAUUAUAAAAACAAUAAUAUUCAACAAACUGAUGAGUCAUAUAAUAUGAAUUUAAGUGAGGAACAAAAUAAAUUUGUAUAUAACAAACAUUUAAGUAAACAAAAUAUAUCUAAUCAUGAUAUAUAUUAUAAUAUAAAAAAUAAUACAGAAGAAGACAAUAUUUACAUAAAUAUAAAUAACGAAUUUAAUAAUCACUUACAAAAUUUUUAUACUUAUAAAAAUUUGUUUCAUAUAAAGGAGACUAAUCAAAAUAUUCAUCGAAUACAAGAUAUAAAUAAUAAAAAUGACACGCCUUUAUUUUUAAAUAAAAUAAAUAAUGAUGACAAUAAGUAUAUUAUAGAUAGUUAUAAAGAAAACGAUGAUAUAAAUGAAAAAUAUAUAAAUGAAAAAUAUAUAAAUGAAAAAUAUAUAAAUGAAAAAUAUAUAAAUGAAUAUAAAAUAAAAAAAAAAAAAUUACAAAGUGGAAAUACCAGUUUUGAAUAUAUGGAUAAUAUGAAUAAUAAUAUCAUACAAUGUGAUAAUCAAACUGAGGAGUUUUUUUUUUUGAAUCAUAAAAAUAAAGAAGAAUAUAAUACUACUUAUAAUUUGUAUAAUGCAAGUGAUCUAAAUGAUGAUAAUUAUUGUAAGUUAUAUGUAUCGAAACAAUUAAAAAAAAAAGAUGAAUAUGUUCAGGAUAAACUAAUAAAUGAAGAUUUAAAGGAUGAGUUAUUUUUUUUAAAAAAUGAAAAUUACUCUGUAGAAAAAUAUACAGAAGAUAUGAUUAAUAAUAAAGAAAAAAAAGAAAUUCAUUUCACCUUAAAUAAUUAUAACACAAAUAAAAAAAAUAAAGAUAAUCAUAUUAUAAAUAAUUCAUAUAAAAAUAUAAAGGAUAGUAUUAUUCAUUUAUAUAAUAUAAAUGAAUUGAAAAAAGAAAAUUUAUAUACAACACAUGAUACAAAGAAUUUAGUACUAAGAAAAAUAAAUAUAUUAAAAGAAUUUGAUCAUAAAUUUUUAUCUCCUGGAAUGGAACAUAUAAAUAUACAUGAUGAUGCCAUAAAAAAGAAUAAACAUUACAAUUUUAGGUAUGAAGAAAUUAUUCAUAAAUAUUGUUUGACUAUUUUUAAAAAGAUUAACAUUAGUAAGUUUUUUAAGGAUAAUGAGAAGCGUAUUCUUCUAAUGAAAAAUUAUUGGGAAUAUAGUAUAUUAACACUACACGAUUUCAACGUAAAUAUGGUACAUGACGUGGCAACAUGUUUGAACCUUAGAAAAAUAAUUUAUAAAUAUUUGAUUUUAGAAUUAUUUACAAAUGCUUAUAGCUGUAAUUUUCUUACAUGCAUUGAAAAGGGAAGAACUCUUUUGAUUUCACAUAUAAACAAAGAUAUGGAAAAAGAAAUAAUCAAAAAGAAAUCAAGAAAAUAUAUAAAAUUAAUGAAAAAAGUACAAAUAUAUCACUUAAAUAUGAUUGAUAAUAUAUAUAAUUUAAAAUCUAUACAAUUAUAUACAAACAUUCUUAUAACCUGUUUAGUACAAAACAAAACAACAAGCAACUUAUCAUUUAAAGACCAAGAAAUGUUAUUAAGAUCUCUACUCUUUUUUUAUUUUAAAAAAGAUUUUAUAUGA